UUGACGCCCGCCCGCCGCUGUGGUGGCUCCCGAGCGGUUGGGGAGGGGCAGCCGAGGGAAGGCGACGGCGCAGUGACAGGCAGCGCGGAGGGUGCCUCCGAGGCGACGAUGGCAGAGGGGCCCGAGGAAGCCCGGAGCCGUCCCCCCGGCCAGGACGGCAGCGGCGGCGGGGACCACGAGCCAGUCCCUUCCGGGCCUGACUCUCCCGCCGCGGCCGCCCCCCAGCCCCCGGCCCUCGCGACCGUCGGCCCGGCUGGCUCCGAGGCGGAGCUGCCGCGAGAGCUCCGGAAGCGCCGGGAGACGGCGGCGGCGGCGGUGGGGCCGCAGGAGCCCGGGGGCUGCGAGGCGGCUGCCGCGCCGGGCCGCCUGAGCGCGCGCGAGUACUCGCGGCAGGUGCACGAGUGGCUGUGGCAGUCGUACUGCGGCUACCUGACCUGGACCAGCGGCCUGGCCGCCCUCCCCGCCUACUGCGGCCCACCGCCCGCAGCCCCGCAGCCGGCCGCCCCGCAGUCACCGACCCCGCCCCCGCCGCCGCUGCCCCCGCCGCAGCUCGCCUACUACAACCCCUUCUACUUCCUGAACGCCGCAGGGCCCGGGCCGGGGGCGCCCACGGGCAGCGCCACCCCGACCGCCGUCGCCGGCCUCACGCCCCGGGCCCCGCACGUGCAGCCGGCGGCGCGGGCGGCCCCCGUGACCAGGGCAGGCUCUGCGACCCCUGCACGGACGGCGAGCGACGCCGGGCGGCAGGCGGGUGAGAACGGAGGUGAGCCGGGCAGAGAGUAUGUCAUUCCAUCCUUGGCGCACAGAUUUAUGGCAGAGAUGGUGGAUUUCUUUAUUCUCUUCUUUAUAAAAGCGACCAUUGUCUUGAGCAUCAUGCACCUCAGUGGGAUAAAGGACAUCUCUAAGUUUGCCAUGCACUAUAUAAUAGAAGAAAUCGAUGAAGACACAUCAAUGGAAGACUUGCAGAAAAUGAUGAUUGUGGCACUUAUAUACAGGUUGUUAGUUUGUUUCUAUGAGAUAAUUUGCAUAUGGGGAGCAGGGGGAGCUACUCCAGGAAAGUUCCUGCUAGGGCUUCGAGUUGUGACCUGUGAUACAUCAGUACUUAUUGCUCCAAGUCGGGUUUUAGUGAUUCCUUCCUCAAAUGUUAGCAUCACAACGUCCACCAUACGAGCUUUGAUCAAGAAUUUUUCUAUUGCUUCUUUUUUCCCUGCUUUCAUCACACUACUGUUUUUUCAACAUAAUCGAACAGCCUAUGACAUUGUAGCAGGAACCAUUGUGGUAAAAAGAAAUGGAGUCAGAUGAUGCCCCAGAGCCCAGAAUUCCAUUCUUUGGAAUAAUAAUGACAAGUCUAAAUUAUGUAUUAAGGCCAUCAGUAUCUCUAGGUUACAUUAAUUGAUGAUUUUAAAAAUUAGAGCAGUCACUACGUUGUGACUCCAGAAGAUAUAUUACCUAAGGAGACUGUUCUGAAAGUGUUG